UGACAGAAUGUCUCAGAAAUGAUUGAUUUAAAACAGAUAUGAUUUAUGCUAGCAAUUUCUCAGAAUUGUUAAAGCGCAAGAAAAGCACACAAACAGGCCGGAAAAUUAGGAUGAAUGAUUGUUCAUCCAAGAGGUGAAAUGGGUUGUUGGCUUGACAAUGGAUGACUGCAGGAUUUUUCAAGUCAACUGGCAUAUUGUGCUUCUUGCUUGUAUCCUUGAAUUUAGUUUGGUGUCCAGUUUUGGAACUUGCCCAACCCAAGGACAGUCUUGUUCUGGACAAAAUGAUAAUAUUGUAGAUGUCGUCUUCGGAGUUGAAUCUGCUCAGGAUUGUAACACUGAGUGUAAGGGUACUGCAGACUGUACAAACUUUACCUGGCACAGCCCAGCUGCUCCAGUUAUGGGUUCCAGCUGCUUUCUUUUCUCCAGCUGUCAGCAAACAGCUGACUGCUACAGCUGUUUCAGUGGAUCCCGCGACUGUAAGUGCAGUAGCCAUCUUGCUUGUGACGCUCAUUGGACAGCAUUCGUAGGAUUCAGUGAUGCUAUCAGCUCAGAGGAAGCGUGUCAGGGGUUCUGUGCAUCACGGCGACGAUGCAAUGUGUUCACCUGGUUUGAUGAAACAGACAUACGGUUUUCCAACUACUGCUUUUUAUAUUCGGAAUGCCAAAUGGAAGAUAGACUGUGCGAAGGUUGCAUUUCGGGACCUCGAAGCUGUUGGGAAAGAGCUGAAGAAUGGAGGAAAGACAUUACAACAACAACAACAAAAACAACAGAAGCAUCAACAACAUGUUCCAGUACCCAGUUCACAAAGCCAUCCAUGUUUGUGGAAUCAACAUUAUUAAGUGCAUCUGUUUCAAGUACAACUUUUCCGUCAAUUCUUGUAGAUAUAAUCAUGCAUAAACCGGAAUCAAAUACCAUAAGUUCAACAGCUUCAUCCAUAUUAGAAUCUCCAGAUAAAUCAUCCACAUCUUUACCAAUAUUAGAAUCUCCAACUUUUACUAAUCCUUCAUCAUCUUCAUCAAUAUCUCAAUCUCCAGAUAAUUUUUCAGCAUCUUCAUCAAUAUCAGAAUCUCCAGAUAAUCCUGUAAUAUCUUCCUCAAUAACAGAAUCUUCAGUUCCUUCGGAUCCUUGGUCAUCUUCAUCAAUGUCAGAACCUGGAGUUGUAAACACUCCAUCAAUAUCGUCCACUGUUGCUGGAUCUGUAACUCCUUCAAGUUCUUUACUCACGUCUGAUUCUGUAGCUACAACUAAACCAUCUAUUUCAACAAUAACAUUAUCUUCAACAUCUCCAUCUUCCAUGGGAUUUGAUACUACUGUCAAACCAUCCAGUUCAAUAACUUCAGGAUCUUUAAAUACUCCUUCUAGUUCAUUAAUAUCAUUAGAUACAGGAACUAUUUCUAAUACUCCCAGUACAUCAAUAUCAUCAGCUACUGAAACUAAUCUCAACCCCUCUAGUUCUUCAGUAUUAUCAGGAUCUGGAACUACUUCGAACCCUACUAGUUCAUCAAUAUCAUCAGGAUCUGAAACUACUUCCAACCCUUCUAGUUCAUCAAUAUCAUCAGGGUCUGAAACUACUUCCAACCCUUCUAGUUCAUCAAUAUCAUCAGGAUCUGGAACUACUUCCAACCCUACUAGUUCAUCAGUAUCAUCAGGAUCUGAUACUACUUCCAACCCUUCAAGUUCAUCAAUAUCAUCAGGAUCUGGAACUACUUCCAACCCUACUAGUUCAUCAGUAUUAUCAGGAUCUGGAACUACUUCCAACCCUUCUAGUUCAUCAAUAUCAUCAGGAUCUGGAACUACUUCCAACCCUUCUAGUUCAUCAUUAUCAUCGGGAUCUGGAACUACUUCAAACCAUUCUAGUUCAUCAAUGUCAUCAGGAUCUGGAACUACUUCCAACCCUACUAGUUCAUCAAUAUCAUCAGGAUCUGGAACUACUUCCAACCCUUCUGGUUCAUCAAUAUCAUCAGGAUCUGGAACUACUUCCAACCCUUCAAGUUCAUCAUUAUCAUCGGGAUCUGGAACUACUUCAAGCCCUUCUAGUUCAUCAAUGUCAUCAGGAUCUAAUACUACUUCCAACUUAUCUAGUUCAUCAAUAUCAUCAGGAUCUGGAACUACUUCCAACCCUUCUAGUUCUUCAAUUUCAUCAGGAUCUGGAACUACUUCCAACCUAUCUAGUUCAUCAAUAUCAUCAGGAUCUGGAACUACUUCCAACCCUUCUAGUUCUUCUGUAUCAUCAGGAUCUGGAACUACUUCCAACCCUUCUAGUUCAUCAAUAACAUCAGGAUCUGGAACUACUUCCAACCCUUCUAGUUCAUCAAUAUCAUCAGGAUCUGGAACUACUUCCAACCCUUCUAGUUCUUCUGUAUCAUCAGGAUCUACCCUUACGCCUGUUUCUUCCAGUUCAUCAUCAUUUUUAAGACCUGACACUACGUUAAUUACAGACACCUCAAAUCCUUCAAGCUCCUCACUGGUAACCACUCCUUCAAGCAUUUUCUCAACACUAGGUCCUGGUACUGCUAAGCCUUCAAGUUUCUCAUCUACCUUAGAAUUUAUCACUUCUACAAAUCCUUCAAUAAGUUCAGCAGUAUCUGAAUCUCUGAAUAACAUUCUUCCAAUAACUUCUGAAUCUGCAUUCGUAACUGAUCAUUCAUCAACAGGUCUGCCAACUGGAAUAAUUCCUACUGGCUUUUUGCCAGCAUCAGAAUCUUCAGAAGUUAGUAAUCCAUCAAGUUCUUUAGAAAAACCAACACCUACAGAAGCUAGUGAUCUAUCAAGUUCUUCUGUAAAACCAACACCUUCAGAAACUAGUGAUCUAUCAAGUUCUACAGUAAUAUCAAGGCCUCCAGAAAAUAGUGAUCCAUUAAAUCCUUCUGUAAUAUCAAGGCCUCCAGUGACUAGUGAUUUAUCAAGUUCUUCUGUAAUACAAAGGCCUUCAGAGACUAGUGAUCCAUCAAAUUUUUCACCUACACUAGGUUUUGCAGAAACUAGCAAUCUGCCAAGUUCUUCAGGAAUAUUAUGGCCUGUCAUUAUCGGUGAUCCCUCUGUUUCUUCUGUAUCUUCAGAAUUUGUAACUAGCACUGGUGCUUCAUCAUUCAUAAUGUCAGAAUCUCUCAUUUCUCAAUUUACACCUGGACCUGUCCCAUCAUCAUCACCGUCAUCAUCAUCAUCCAUAUCUUCAAUAGGACCAUCCUCUACUUUAGGUUCAAUACUAUCAAAUGGCCCCAUAGCUGCUAUAUUAGGCAUUGCAUCAUCUACAGUAUCCAUUCCAUCCACAACUACAGCUCAAGGUGCACCAAAACCAUUGCAAGUUACAAGUAAACCGUCACAGACUACUUCAUCAAAGCCUUUACAAGUGACAAGUAAACCUGCUUUACAAGGACUUAUACCAGUAGGAGCUUUGAUUCCUGGAAACUGGAAUCCAAUUGUAACAACUGCAAAGCCAGCAGAAUCCAGUACAAAGCCUGCAGGAUCAAGUACACAGCCUGCAGGAUCAAGUACACAGCCUGCAGGAUCCAGUACACAGCCUGCAGGAUCAAGUACACAGCCAGCAGGAUCCAGUACACAGCCUGCAGGAUCCAGUACACAGCCCACAGGAUCCAGUACAAAGCCUGCAGGAUCAAGUACACAGCCUGCAGGAUCCAGUACACAGCCCACAGGAUCCAGUAUACAGCCCACAGGAUCCAAUACACAGCCUGCAGGAUCUAAUACACAGCCCAUAGGAUCCAGUACACAGCCCACAGGAUCCAGUACACAGCCCGCAGGAUCCAGUACACUUCCUGAAGUAUCCAAUACACUACCUGGGGGAUCCAGUACACUUCCUGGAGGAUCCAGUACACAACCUGGAGGAUCCAGUACACUACCUGGGGGAUCCAGUACACUACCUGGGGGAUCCAGUACACUUCCUGGAGGAUCCAGUACACAACCUGGAGGAUCCAGUACACUACCUGGGGGAUCCAGUACACUACCUGGGGGAUCCAGUACACUACCUGGGGGAUCCAGUACACUGCCUGGGGGAACCAGUACACUGUCUGGAGGAACCAGUACACAACCUGGAGGAUCCAGUACACUUCCUGUAGGAUCCAGUACACUAACUGGAGGAUCAAGUACACAAUUUGAAGGAUCCAGUACACUACCUGGAGGAUCCAGUGCACUUCCUGGAGGAACAAGUACACAACCUGUAGGAUCCAGUACACUUCCUGGAGUAUCCAGCACACUUCCUGGAGGAUCCAGUGCACUUCCUGGAGGAUCCAGUUCACAGUCUGGAGGAUCAAAUACAUUUUCUGGAGGAUCCAGUACACUACCUGGAGGAUCAAGUACACUACCUGAAGUAUCAAGUACAAAGCCUGGAGAAUUGAGUACACAGCCUGGAGGAGCCAGCACACUGCCUGUAGGAUCCAGUACACAACCUGGAGGAUCCAGUGCACAAUCUGGAGGAUCCAGUACACUACCUGAAGGAUCUAGUGCACAAUCUGGAGGAAGCAGUACACAGCCUGGAGAAUCCAGUACAGUAUCCGGAGGAACCAGUACACUACCUGGAGUAUCCAGUACACUGCCUGAAGGAUCCAGUACACUACCUGGAGAAUCCAGUACACAACCUGAAGGAUCCAGUACACUACCUGGAGGAUCAAGUACACAGCCUGGAGACCUGAGUACACUUUCAGAUGGAUCAAAUACAAUCUUUAUAGAAAGCUCCAAUUCUAACUCUGUUUCUCCCAGUGAUAUAUCUAAUCCUUGUUCAAAACCAUUUUGUAAUUCUCCUGACCUAACCCCAUCUAGUGGUCAGAUAAUCAACCUUGACCUAUGGGAAGAUGCUCUGAUUUUACCGGACCAAAAUGGAGUUCUAACCAAACCAAUCCCGGGAACAGAAGAUGCACAAGAGGGUUUGCAGAAUACUCAAGGGGGAAAUACAGAACAGGCCUCUGCAGUUUCAGUUGUUGCUGUGGAAACUUCCGCAAUUGUUCUUCCUGCUCAGUUGAUCAUUCCAGCUUCAAUCCCAAACUCAGGAUCAUCCUCUUCAUCUUCACCAUCAUCAAUAUCAUCCACGUUGGUGUCAUCCUCCUCGUCCUCCCCCUCCUCCUCUGCCCUGGUCUCCUUGUUUACCGUGGUUCCUGAAUACUCCUCCUACCUGGGGUUCAGACCUUGUAUAGUUCUCAGAGUACCUAGACCAAUAUUUUUUCUGCUGAGAAGUUUUAGUCUAGGGUAUACAUCCUUAACCCUCUGUUUCAAGCUGCCUCCAUUCUUUUAGAGGGUUCAAGCUGCUUCCAAUCUUCCAGAAGUUUCAAGUUUCCUCCAUUCUUCUAGAAGUUUUAAGUUUUUUCCAUUCUCCUAGAGGUUUCAAGUUUCUUCAAUUCUUCUAGAAGUUUCUAGCAUCCUCCAUUCUUCUUGAAGUUUCUAGUAUCCUCCAUUCUUAUAAAAGUUUCAAGCAUCCUCCAAUCUUCUAGACGUUUCUAGUCUAUUCAAUUCUUUUAGAAGUUUCAAGCUAUCAUCAUAUUUAUAAAAGUUUCCAGUGUCCAUAUUAUCUAGAAGUUUCAAGCGGCUUCCAUUAUUCUAGAAGUUUUAAACUGUCUACAUUUUUCUAGAAGUUUCAAGCGGCCUCCAUUAUUCUAGAAGUUUCAAACCGUUUCAUUUUUGUAGAAGUUUCAAGCUGUCUCCAUUCUUAGAAAAGUUUCCAUUUCCCAUUUAUAUCUAAAAAUUUAAAGCAUCCUCCAUUAUUUUAAAAGUUUAAAGCUUUCUCAAUUCAUCUAGAGGUUUCAAGCAUCCUCCAUUCUUCUAUUAGUUUCCAGUUUCCUCCAUUCUUCUAGAUGUUUCCAGCUUCUUCCAUGCUUGUAGAAGUUUCAAACAUCAUCUUUCUUCUAGAAGUUCCUUCUACAACUUUCCAGUACUCAUUUUAUCUAGAAGUCAAGCUGUCUCAAUAAAUAAAAAGAUGCCCUGGACCUAGAAAAACUAUAAAAAGUAGAAAUAGUAAAAAGUGAACCAUAUCACUAAAAAAAAUUGAAACCCAUGUGUGAACAAAAAAAGAGCUUUGAAUUUGCCAUUGAUAAUUUUAUCUGGUGUCAAAAUAUCUUAAUUUAUAUUUUUUAUCUUUCUUUAUAUUUAUUUAAUACAUUUCUCUAAGU